CGAUUGCUUCGGUCUUCCUCUGAACACGGAAGUAGCCGUUUCUGUUUACAGUGAGCUAGCACGAGCUCAGGUGGUUGCAUGUUGGCGGUCACCGGAAUUAAAACAAAAUGACAGAAACUCAGAACGGAUCAGAAUUUGACCAAGUUUCGGUUCAUAACUUCUCCGAGAAGAUUCUGGAACAGGUGGUCCACUUUCACGUCAUGAAGCUGAGCGGAGGGUUCUUCCUGUGGGUCGGUUCGGCUCCGGUUCUGUCCAAUCUGGCGGUCUCGAUGAGCAGCAAAUAUGUAAGUACACAAAGGAAAUCGUGUUUUAUUUAAAUGUUGAUAUACAGACAUUAAUUUAAGGAUAACGAUCAUUUCCGUCUUUAUUUUUUGUCUCAAACUUUAAGAACAACAAAAAACCAACUAGAAACAACAACACCAAACAAAAUAAUACAUAUGUCCACCAAACAAUUGUAAAUGACAAAGAUAAAAUAACACAACAUAUGUAUGUCAGGAACAGAAUGGAGCAAAGAGCUCAUCUAGUCCUGCCCCUUCAAUGCAAAUUAGAGACUUUAAAAAAAAAAUCCAUUUGUAUAAAUGACAAAGAUCUGUAUAAAUACCUGUUAAAUGCGGGCUUGGUGGGUGGGUGGAUGAGGUUUUGCAGUUUGUAUUUUAUUUUGUAUCCCUGAUCCUCUCCUUCUUGUGUUCUGUAAUGUACAGUGUUUACAGAUAGUAUUAAAACUUCAAAAUCUAGUCUGUUAACCGCUGUAGCAAACGUGUCAUGGAUUGUGAGGCUGCAUAAUAAUGAGAGAAGAUGAAUAUUCGCUAAGUGAUGAUAAGAAAGUCAGAAAUGACUCUGGAUUUCUCUGCUAUUGUUGCAGACGGACUGACUCUGCUCCACUUAAACUCUUUCUGUCUGCAGGAUUCAAUGCCUUUAUCCACUUUAGUCUUGGGGGACCCGUCCAACACAGCUCCAAACUCCCUGGCACAGAGAUUAGGUAAUGAUGUGUGUGAGUGUGUGCAUGAAAUAAUGUGAUUUAUUACUGAGGCUUGUAGAGUAUUAAAUAAAAAAUGAAGAGAUCCAAGCGGCAUUCAUUAGUUUUUGUUGGUAUAUUGGUCUUUGACACAUUUUCAGACUCAUUUUGGCACAUCAUGUCAACAAUUUGAUAUAUACCCACCUAGUUUUUUAAUUGUAGAGACUGUUGAGUUUCUCCUGUAAGCCGGUAUCAUGUACACAUAAUUCAUACAUUGACUUUUUGUCUGAUAGUUAAAGAUGGAAGCUUUUAUUGUUGUUGUACUUUCAUACAAUGCAAUUGUAGUUGCCUCCUUCUCUAAAACAACGUCCAACCCAUUAAAAAAUAAACAUGAAAAUCUGCAAAUUUUCCAAUCGGCUCAUUUUAAUAACUAUCUUUUUAAGCUAUUAUCUGACAAUACCCAUAUCAAGCCAGUAAUAUUUUGCAAUCUUAAUAUUUUUGCCUUUUUUUAAUCAGAAAUUCUCUUAAAAAAACUAAAAUUUCUUGCUGUUUUCUUUUAAUUUUAUGAUGUUUUGUCACUGAUUUGCCUCUGGCAGCUCACUUCAGUGAUUUUAUUCUCAAGAGAAACAGUGAAAUGUUUCUCUGUUUUGUUUGAGUCCGCAGUAGCAGCCACAGAUUGAUUUUAAAUCUCUCCUUACGAGCCACAAAGUGAAAACUCAAGUUUUACAGGAAUAGAAGUGUUGAUGAUCCUCGCUUUGGUAGGUUUCAGAUUUCAGCACAGCAUCAUAGCAGCUUCAUGUCUCAUAUUUAAUUAGAACCAGAGGCGUCUUGACGCUUUACAGAAAGCAGGAAAAGUGGCAGCGCUGUAACAGAUGGUCUUGUUGCUUUUAUGGGUCGUAAAUAUGCAAUGACAUUAAUUUCAAUUUGUUUUAUAACCAACAAAAACUCAAUACAGGGGCUUUUAAGUAUAAUUUAGGCUGCCUCAAUUCACUUGUAUAGAUGAUAACGAUUAUUGACAUCAUGUUAAAAAAGAGCAACCAGUGAUACUGACUGUGAGAUAACUGUAGCAGCCCCCUGAGACAUGACUGGACACUUUUAAAAACUGACAUUUCAAGAUGUAUUUUUCAGAGCUCCAGGUUUCUAACAAAUGAAAUAUUUUUAUUUUCUUUCCUUUCUUUUAACAGUUUUCAUUCAGCUCAAUAUCUUACAAUCUAUUAGAAGUUGUAUUACUUCAAAAUAAAAGCAUAGUUGUACAGUACAGCAUAUAGAGCAAGACAGAAAAUAUCAAAAUAAAGCCAGAAAUUUUCAUUUUAUGGGAUGAUGUGGUUCAGUGUGUUGCCCUGCUUCAUUUUAAAUCCUCCAAAAAUAAAACAAUAAUACUAUGAAUGUAAUAUUUCGUGGCCAGGAUAAUUAAUAAUGAUAUAGAAGGAUUAGAAUUAUUCACAUUUAAAGUCUAAAUUUAUUCAUUUUUUACUCUUUUGCAGCAAAAAAGACCAAAAAACAGGUUUUUGUGAGUUACAGUAUUCCAAUGACAGACUCGAACCUCGGUCUUCUGGUGGAGAACAGAAUCAAGAAGGAGUUGGAGCUUCACCCUGAACACUUCUAAACUCUUCUGACAUGUUUAUUUUGUGUGUUUUUUUAUUAAGAAGUAACUUUCAGACACUGUAACCGCACUCCCACACAAGAACCACACACGCUCACAUCAAGUGUUGUUUUAUUGACAUAAUAAAUUAAGUGGUUUAUUAUCAAAACAUGUAGGCCUAUGGCUUUUUGUACAAAUGCAUCAUAUUAAAAAAAUAACACUUAGAAAACAGCAUUAGUGGUUGAGUUUUUCUUUCUUUUUUUGUCUCUCAGUGAUUAACUGUUGAAAACGUACAAACUAGCAAACCAUACAGUGAGUUUGAGAUACGUGCUGAGUGGACUAAACAUGGAGGACGUCUGAAUCGGUGGAUCGGGGUUCAUGGGAUGGUUUAUCUAUUCAAUGUGCUUACACCCUAUAAAAGUAUACUCCAUACGUUAUGAAUGAAUGGCACAUGUAUACGCACCUUACAUAUUUUUUGCAGUCCUAAAGGAUACUUAGUAAAGUGUAUAAAUGUACACUAACCACGACUAGGCCAGGGCUACGCAGACGACGCUGCUCUACGCUAAUCUUCACAAACGUUUAUUUCAAAAAACUGUAAAAUAUUGUGCUUUCUGGCUAGAGUUAACACAUCCUAGGAGAAGGAUUUACGACAUUACCACAGUACAGAGGACGAGGAGUGAGAAGUUGGAGUGGAAAUAUUGGCUAAUUAAGGAGGUAUUUCAAGCAACAAAAUUGCCCUUGGCAGCAUGACAAAAUAAAUACUGGUUUUCUUAAAUUACAUUCUCUGUUUGUUAAAAGAACAGAGCCAUCGUGAUAAAGCCUUGAAAAUGCUGAGACGCGUCAUAAGACAUACAGCGGUACACUCUAAUGUCCGUUCGACUCUCAGAUUUACUCUCACAGUCUGUAUAGGCUACACAUUUAUCUGCCAAGGUCUCCGGCUGUUCCUCCACAUCAGACCAACCAUCAUACACCCGCGCCAACAGCAGUGAUGCUCCCUUUAAAAAUCAGAGUCCUCUCCUCUGAGGAUAAAGUGCCACAUUGGACUUCUAGUAAAGAGGGACCACAACUGACGAGAAAAAACAUGUAAAACUGUUUGUGCCCUUUCAUGCAAAAAAAAAGAGAGAGUGGUAGUGGUUUAGCCAAUCCCUGCAUCUCCAAUGUGUUGGCUGAAAAUCACAAACACUUUGAUUGUGUCUCUGACAUUUAGUGCAAAAUAACUUAGAAAGAGUUAUAAGAUGCGGUGAAAUCCUCCCUCAACGAGUCAAAACUACGGACAGAAAACUCACAGAGCGAAGGUCAGCUCAGAGCUGCUCCUCUUUGCAUCUCCACUUUCUCUUUUCCUGUGAAUCAUUCUCGACAGAGCGGACUGCAGCGCAGGACAAUCACCACCACCCAACACUUUCGUUUUACUGAACGCACACCGACUUCAGACUUCGACAAAGUCCAGUACAAUAUUUUUUGGCAACUCCUGAAUGGAUCAUAGUCACUAAAAACUACACAGAUUUAUUUCCGUCACCAUCAAAGAGUUCAUUUGGUUCAUCCGAACAUUUUCCCUUUAAAGGUUUUUUUUCCCCCAAAAGUUCAAAAACCAGUCAGUCAUGUUAACACUUGAGCAAUUAACAGCACAGUAGUAGACUAUUGCUAAGAUGCUCACACCCCAUUGGCUAUGGCACGAUUUCCAAUUAUCUCCCCUCCGGUGGCGAGGGCGUACGAAGCAGGUACCGCUGCCAGAGCGGUGGCUGCUGCCACUGUGGCGCCCCCAGUGGCUGAGAGGUGUAACGGUGUGUCGUGGACUCGGGAGUAGUCCCCGUCAGUCUUGGCGAGAAGGAGGUGCUGCUCUCCUGGAUGCAGCAGGGUCUGCCGGGUGAAGGUCUCCCCGUCGGCCAGGCUCUCGGGCAGAGGCUGUCCCCGCGGCUCGGGCAGCAGCAGCAGGCAGAUGAUGCACAGCAGCGUGCAGCAGGCGAAGAUCACAUGGUGCAGGAAGUAGCCCUUCUGGUUGUGGAGCUCCAUGAUGGGUGCAGUGAGCAUGCCGAAGCCAGCGCUGGCCAGCACCAGACCCAGACCUCCUCCCCUAAAGAGGUAAGAGAAGGUAAGAGCUCCUGAGUGAGUUCACACUGAUCCUUAAAAGUCUUAAAUUCGAUUUUUUAAACGAUACGUGGUUUUAAAAAGUGUCUUUUUUUCCCCCUUUGAGGGAGCUUAAACUUUAGACUCAGACAUGAGUAGAUCAUCACCAUCUAGUUAUCUUUAUGUAAUAUUUAAAUGAAUCUUUUUGUGGAUUUGUUUGUUUAAAUGACAAUUAAAAGCAUUUAUGGCACCUUUUAUACAAAGGAAAGAAUAUUUGGCUUCAGAGAUGAAAAAAUAUGAAGGUUGUUUGGUAGUGGAAAAAAAGAUCAUUAGGUUAAAUAAGCAAACAAGUUUUCAAACUGUGGGUAAAAAUAUGCCACACCUGUGUUAAUUGCCAUUUAUUUAUAUGCAUAAACUCAACUAAUUAAUCGUUUGGGGGGUAUUGAAAAAACACAGAAGCCUAUUGCAUCCACUCAAGAAAAAUAAUUAUGCUGCUUUUCUUAAUUAAUGAGUUUAUUUUCUCAGAAUUAUGACGAAAAAUUUCUUAGAAAUAUUUUUUUUUUUGCCCAAGAAAACAGGACAAACAAUUUUUAUCCAGAAUUUUUCUCUUAAUUCUGAGAUAAUUUUCUUGUAAAGUCGGAAAACCUGAUUUUUUUAUUGUUUUAUUAUUAUUAUUAUUAUUUUUUCAUUAUUUUUAUUGCUUUAAUUAUUAUGAUGAUUAAAGUUAUUAUAUAAUAUUAUGAUAUACAUGUAAAUCAUUAGUGUAGGAGAAGGAGUGGGACUAGAUCAGUCUCGACUUCUUCCCACUCGUUUUUAAACAUGGAUAACUUUUUAUCACUUGUUAUUGUAUUCUUUACUUUUUUAUUUUUCAUUUUAUUUUUUACAUGUUCAAAAAUAAACUUUGAUCAAUCAAUUAAAAAAGGAUAUAUCUUUUAAGAAAAAUAUCUUUUUUAGAAAAACAGAGCGAUUUGUAACCUGCAGAAAAUUUUUCACAAUUUUGAGAUAAUUAUCUUGCUAAUUUAGAAGAAAAGUGACAAUUUUUCUUCUCUUAAAAGGUCAUAAAAACUCUUAAAAUUGAUUUCUGAAACCCUGCUAAAGCACGUUUUAAAGAGAAGUAAAUCGAGAUACUGAAAUAGUACACCUCUUUUAUUUCAGAAUCGGGCAGCUGCGUCUCGAACUUUUAAAACCUGAGAACUUUUAAAACAUGUCCAUUGUGCUGAGUGAUCGAGCAGGUGUAAACUCUUCUGUCAGCGACAUUAUUGUGUGAACACCUCUAAAGACAGAGAGUCUGACAGUGAAGAGUCAAUCAAUCCAACAUCACCCAAACAGCAGACUGUCCUUUUUAACACCUUCAGUCAAAGCUUGUCGUAAAAACAGACUUUCAAAGCAAACUGUGACCUCUGCAGGGAUUAGGUUCACAGUUAUAUGACAGUCAAAACUUCACCACAAGGGGGUGCCAAAGUAACAUGAGACCAACAGCUGUAAUACCCCACAACAUGGACUGUAGUAUCUUUUUCUGCACACAAUCAUGUCGUUGUUGAUUUUGCCUCUGUGUGCUUCAUCAGCAGCUGCAUGUGUGAGCGUAAUAAAACGGGUGACAGCUCCCCUAAGUGUUGUUCUGUGUGUUUAUGACCAUCCAGGCUCACCUGAUGACAGUAGGAGUGAUUUCAGCACAAAAGAAGAUGCUGAGCUGGCUCACUGCAUGAGACGAGAACAUGCCGAUGAUGGAGAAAGCCACUGAGAAUUUCCUGUUCAGAGUGUCCCGCAGGACUGAGCAGAGGAGGAGGAGGAAGAGAGGAGGAGAGGAGGUUAGUGGACCAGAAACCCCCACCACAAAGC